AUGUCGUCUCCAGCCGUGAGUCCCCUUUCUCGACUGACCUCCAAUCGCCUGACGUCGGCCUCGAUUCCCACCGCCAACACCCAAUACAACCCUGCGCACACCUUCGUUGCAGCAGCUAACCCGUCGUCACGCGUUACAGAAGAUGAUGCGCCGAAAGAAGAACGUGAAGAAGGGGAUCCAAUUCUGCUUGAUGGCAGAACCACCUUCGUCAACACCCUCUGCAGCAAGAGCGUGUUGGAGCACAAGGACUCAGAUGAUGCUGGCGUCGCCCAUGUCGAAGAUGGUGUUAAGAUCAAGCCCAUCACCGUUGAGCUUGAAUUGGACGAGGAAGGCACUCGUAUCUCCCUAACCAUUGUCGACACCCCGGGUUUCGGCGACCAAAUCGACAACGAGGCAAGCUUCUCAGAGAUCGUUGGGUACCUCGAGAGACAAUAUGACGACAUCUUGGCCGAGGAGUCGCGUAUCAAGCGUAACCCCAGAUUCAGGGACAACCGAGUACAUGCUAUGCUGUACUUCAUUACUCCUACUGGUCAUGGUCUCCGAGAACUCGACAUCGAGUUGAUGAAGCGCCUUGCUCCCCGUGUCAACGUUAUUCCCGUGAUCGGACGUGCCGACUCUCUCACACCCCAGGAGCUGGCUGAGUCGAAGAAACUUGUCAUGGAGGAUAUCGAGCAUUACCGCAUCCCCGUCUACAACUUCCCUUACGAUAUCGAGGAGGAUGACGAGGAUACUGUCGAGGAGAACGCCGAACUGAGAGGCCUCAUGCCCUUCGCCAUCGUCGGAUCUGAAGAUGUUCUCGAAAUCGGUGGUCGUAAAGUUCGUGCUCGACAAUACCCCUGGGGUGUUGUCGAGGUUGACAACCCUCGUCACUCCGACUUCCUGGCCAUUCGGUCGGCGCUUCUGCACAGCCAUCUGGCGGACCUAAAGGAGAUCACCCACGACUUCUUGUACGAGAACUACCGUACCGAAAAGCUUAGUAAGAGUGUUGAGGGCGGUGCUGGAGUUGAUUCUUCUAUGAACCCCGAAGACCUGGCGUCGCAGUCCGUGCGCCUAAAGGAGGAACAGCUCCGCCGAGAGGAGGAGAAGCUUCGCGAGAUCGAAGUCAAGGUCCAGCGCGAGAUCAACGAGAAGCGACAGGAACUCUUGGCCCGCGAAUCCCAGCUUCGCGAGAUAGAGGCUCGUAUGCAACGAGAUGCUGCCGCCGCCGCCGGCCCCGGAUCACCCGAAGCGAACGGCGAUCACGAAGCCUAA